CGGUAAGAAGAUUGAACAACUGAUGUAGAGGAAACUGCUAGCUGCUGGGAGGGAGGGAGGCUGGAAGAGAUGAUUCACUGAAGAACCGAGCUGCCGAUCUUCUGUUCGCCUCAAUCUGACCACUGAUGGAGAAAUAACAGACACAUUAAUGACGUUCGGAGGUUAAUAACUGGGUGGAAAACGGCAGAAUUUAAUGUUGACGGUUCAGUGCAGCACCCCCCUCAUAGUUCAGCCUGAAUACAUAGAUUUCAGCUGAAACCACACAUCCGGGCUAUUAGCUGGUCCGCCACAUUGUGUGUCCCCUCCCACAAAUGGCUACUGUCCAAUCCUACCUUAGCAACUGUAACUAGGCACGAGAGGUCUGUCAAGCUUUCAGCAGAAGACAAUAUGCCGAAGCGGUGUGCGUACGGUACUUGCAAGUCCGACACUCGUUAUCCGCAAAGCUUGGAGGGUGGUGUUGAUUUUUUUCCAUUCCCCAAGCCAAAGACACAAGAAGAAAGGUGCCGCGUGUGGAUUGAGCAGUGUGGGAGACCGCAUGAUCAGCUGAAUCCCUCCAAAAUCAAUAAGAACACCUACGUCUGUUCUAAGCAUUUUGUGGACGGACGCCCUACAACUGAAUUCCCAAAUCCUGUGGCUGCUCUUUCUUCUUUCUCGAGGAGGGAACAGCAAGGAGGAAGCAGAAAACCUCGAGCAAAAAGACUCAGAUGUGAUGAACAGGAGGCUGAAGCCUCCACCUUGAAUUCAACUGACGAAGCAUCUCAUCUCAGUGUCACAGAAACUAACAAUGUGUUCCCUGCAGAUGUCCAGAAGGUGUUGGUGAUUAAAGAAGAAAUCCCCUACGAGUGGAGCUCUAGUCUGGACCAACAAAACCCAGAAACCCUCAACAUAAAGGAGGAACAGGAGGAACUCUGGACCAGCCAGGGGGAGACUGAUAUCACCAGGUUUUCAUUCACUGCUGUUCCAGUGAAGAGUGAAAAUGAUGAAGAAGAGAAGCCUCUGUCUUUGCAGCUUCAUCAUAGCCAAAAUGAGGACAACAGAGAGGCAAUCAGCAGCUCAGCUAAACAAAUUAAAACAGAAAGUGAUGGAGAUGACUGUGAAAGACCAGAACAAGCCAGAAACCCAGAUCCAAGUACUCAUUUAGAACCAUUUACUGAUGGAAAGUCUUCAGAUUGGUCAGAGAUCGAAGUCAGUAUUGAUGAUUAUGAUGAAGAUGAGGAUGAGUGGCAGGAGCCUUUGUCAGACUCUGGACCUGAAAAUGAAGACAAUGACAAAGAAUGGAAGGAGGCCAGGGCAACUAAAUUACGUGUAAAUGCUGGAUCUAAGACUGGGAAAAAAACUUUUAGCUGCUCUGAGUGUGAUAAACAAUUUCUCUACAAGCAGUCUCUUCAGAGACACAUGACAUGUCAUUCAGGAACAAGGACAAUGAGCAGCCUGAUUGCAAAAAAUGAUUCAGAAAUGGGAGUUCAAGAACAAGAGAAACUAUUUAGCUGUAAUGUUUGUGGUCAAAGAUUUAGCCAACAAGGAACUCUGACAAGACACAUGGUCGUUCACACGGGAGAGAAACCAUUUAGCUGCGAUGUUUGUGGUAAAAGCUUUAGUCAACAGGGAACUCUGAAAUCACACAUGACAAUUCACACAGGAGAGAAACCCUUUGGCUGUCAUGUUUGCAGUAAAACAUUUAGUCAGCAAAAAACUCUUAAGUCACACAUGACUGUUCACACAGGGGAGAAACCAUUUAGCUGUGAUAUUUGUGGAAAAAGAUUUAGCCAACAUGGAACUCUAAAGCGACAUAGUAGGGCUCACACAGAAGAUAAACCCUUUGGCUGUAAUAUUUGUGGUAAAAGAUUUAGGCAUCAUUGCAAUCUAAAGUCACACAUGACAGUUCACAUAGGAGAGAAACUGUUUGGCUGUGAUGAAUGUGGUAAAAGAUUCCGACAUCAUUGCAGUCUGAAGUUGCACAUGACAGACCACACAGGAGAGAAACCAUUUAGCUGUGAUGUUUGUGGUAAAAGAUUUAGUCAACAGGGACACCUGAAGAGACACAGUGUAGCCCACACAGGAGAGAAACCAUUUGGCUGUGAUGUCUGUGGACAGAGAUUUAGUCAACAGGGGUCACUUAAGUCACACAUGACAGUUCACACAGGAGAGAAACCAUUUAGCUGUGAUGAUUGUGGUAAAACAUUCAGACAACAGGGAACUCUGAAAGCACACAUGAUAGUUCACACAGGAGAGAAACCAUUUGCCUGUGACUUUUGUGGUAAAAGAUUUAGCCAACAGCUAACGUUGAAACGACACAUGGGAGUUCACACAGGAGAGAAACCUUUCAGUUGCAACACUUGUGGUAAAAGUUUUCGGCUUUUGCAUGUCCUUCAAACACACAUGCGAGUCCACACAGGAGAAAAACCAUUUGGUUGUAAUGACUGUGGAAAAAGAUUUAAGCAAAAGUCACAGCUUCAAACACACAUGAGUAUUCACACUGGAGAGAAACCAUUUGACUGUAAGGUUUGUGGUGCAAAAUUUUCACAACAGGGAAGUCUGACGAGACACAUGAAAGCUCACACAGAGUAGAAGUUGUGUGGAAGUGUGUCAAGAACCACAGUACUGUAUUGUUUUCAUUGGCUUCAUUUUAAUGCUUCUCUUUUACAUACAGAUUUUACCAGGGAGAGAUUGUUUAUGCAAGUCUGUAUAGUUUAUCCCACUAAACAUUACUGAUAAUCAUGCUGCAAUAUGUAUCACUGAUUCCUAUGCUCUAGCCUGUAUUUUAGAUCUUUACAUCAGUGCCUUCUGUUUCUUUCGUUUAAAUUUAAAUCAAUAUAAUAAGCUAUUGAUUGCACUGUCAUUGUGAACAUGUUAGCAUUUUAACUACUGCAUUUAGCUAAAAGUUGGGCCGUAUGUAAUUCUGCUCUGUUGUCACAUUAUUUCUGUUUGGAUUUCAAGGCGGUCAUCGAGGACUUUUAUUGUGAAAUCUCAAUAACACGAAUCUGUCUGUACAUUUUUAUUUAUUGCAUAUCAGGCAAUAUGUGUCUUUAAAUGAGCUUUUUUUUAUAAUUAUGAAGUCAGAAUAUAUUCACAGUGAUCCAGUCACAUGAAACCCUGGGUUGUUCCUCUACAGACUGUACAGUUAAAGAAACUGUAGUGUUACCGCAAAGCAAGGAAUCAUUCAAUCAUUUCAAAGUAGCAUCACUUGAAAUUCUGCGUGAAGAGUCGUUGACUAAGAGACAAAGAAAAUAAAAACAUUUCUGCUACAAUUAAA